GUGUUCACGUAACAUCACCAGAGAACUGUUGUCUGUCGAUGAUUUAGCUGCAUGUACAGUCUGUAAAGCAACAAGUUCUCUCGGCAGAGGACAUGAAAACAGGUUUACGACAAAGGUUACGUUGAACAAGUAGAGGAACAGCAGAAGGCAAACGAAGAUAACUUAGAUCAAAAACAAAACAUCAGUUCACACAACAAUAUGAGUUCGGCUUCGUUUAAUGUGGCUGAGGAAGCUCGGAUUUACCUGGGCAAGAUUUCGGCUGAUCUUGAUCGCACUGUCGCCUUUUGGUUGAAGAACUCGCAUGAUGAUAAAAAUGGAGGCUUUUUUACGUGUCUGACGAAGGAUGGCAAGGUUUACGACACCUCCAAGUUCGGAUGGCUCCAAGGUCGUCAAAUUUGGACCUACACUCAAUUAUAUCGAAGAUUGGAGCGCUUUCGCCUACCAGCUAUUUUGGAGGCUGCCAUUGAUGGCGGCAAGUUUUUGAUGGAAAAGUUAAAAGAUACCAAGAGCCACAAAGUGUGCUUCUCGGCCAAUGCUCAAGGUGAGCCCACAAAAAUUCAAAGGACCCUCUUUGCGGAAGUCUUUUAUGUCAUGGCCAUGUCCGGAUUGGCUAAAGUCACCAAUGAGAACAUUUACAAGCGAGAAGCAUUGGAAAUGUUCAAGCUGAUUAUCCAUUGGGCCAGAGAGGAUGAUUCCGAUUUGGGCCGACCCAAGUUACCCUCCACCGGUAAUCAUCAAAACUUGGCAGUGCCCAUGUGCAUUUUGAGUCUCGUUCACGAACUGGACGAUCUCGAUAUCCAAGAGAGCAAACUAGACAUGGACGAGAUCCGAUCCUGGGCCGUUGACCGGAUCAAAAUGCAUGUCCAGCGUCAAGGCACUCGAAUCUUGGAGAAUGUCACUCAAGAUGGCCAAGAGAUCGAUGGGUUCGAGGGACGGAAAAUGGUACCGGGUCAUGCCAUCGAAUGUGGAUGGUUUCUGUUGAAAGAAGCCCAAAAAAUGCAAUCCCACGAGCUAACCACCUUAGCCAUUCAAACCUUCAUUGAGCGUCCUUACGAGUAUGGCUGGGAUAAGAAUGAGGAAGGAUUCUUAUACUUCGUGGAUGUUGAUGAUUUGCCACCAACCAACUUGGAAUGGGACAUGAAACUAUGGUGGCCUCACAGUGAGGCCAUGAUCGCGUUCCUGAUGGCAUUUAAUACCGCUCAAAAUGCCAGUCAUUGGGAACGUUUUAAAGAAGUGACGGAUUACGCUUAUGAACACUUUGUAGAUCCAGACCAAGGUGAAUGGUUCGGUUAUCUGAAUCGAGCUGGAAAAGUCUCCUCAUCAGCCAAGGGUGGGCCAUAUAAAGGGUGUUUCCAUGUUCCCCGGGCACUUCUAAUUUGUGAGGAGAUCCUAACCAAAAUUGUUAACGAUCAUGAGGAAUGAAGUUCAUUUGAUGAAUGUUCGAAUGGUGAUGGAAAUAAACUCGAAUCGGCUUCGUAUAAGAUCGGAGGCACUUAUA